UUUAACAAUUAACGGGCGUUAACUGAACGGAUAAAAAAUAUUACUAUUAUUUAGAUUUAAAAGAACUGUUUAACGGUUUUAUUAUAAGAAAAUUUGAAAAAAAAACUUUUAAAUAAAAAUGUUUAUACAAAAAGUGAUUGACAAUGCCUCUCAAUCAGAACUGUGGAGUUUUUUUACUCUCUCACUGGGAGUAUUUGUUAUUUAUACCUUCUGGGGUUAUUUGAAAACAGUAUUUUUGUCAUUGAAACUUUCAGGACCUGCCCCUGUACCCAUAUUGGGCAAUUGUUUGUUAAUCAAAGAAAAAGAUUUAAUGCGUAAACGUGCCGCCAAUGCUUUCAGUCUCUAUGGCUCUUUGGUACGCAUUUGGGUUUUAUUAUUUCCAUUUUUUGUCGUCCUUCAGCCGGAUGAUUUACAAUUGAUUUUGUCUUCGAAAAAACAUACGAAUAAAGUGUUUUUCUAUCGUUUGAUGCAUAAUUUCUUGGGAAAUGGUUUGAUUACGAGUAGCGGUGAUAAAUGGCACAAUCAUAGACGUUUAAUACAACCCACCUUUCAUUUAAGUAUUUUGGAACGUUUUAUUGGCACCUUUGCUGAUGCCUCGCAGGCUUUGUAUGAAUCGUUGGAUGUUGUGGGUGGACAGGAAAUAAAUAUUGCCAAAUAUGUUAAUAAUUGUGUGGUGGAUAUAUUAAAUGAAGCGGUUUUGGGAGUGCCGGUUAAGAAAAAGAAUAACAUCGAUAUGGAACAAUCACCUUUUAGGCAAGGCAAACUGGUGAUACCACAACGUUUCCUACAACCUUGGCUCUUAUGGGAUAGUGUUUAUCACAUGACUAAACUGGCCUCCGAUGAACUUAAUCAAAAGAAACGUUUGCAUGAAUUCACUAGGAAAAUGAUCAUCAAACGACGUGAGCUAAAGAGUAACAAUAAUGAAACGGAAAAGAAAUGUUUACUAGACUAUAUGAUCGAUAUAUCAGAUAAUAAUCCCGAUUUCACCGAAGAAGAUAUAGUCAAUGAGGCAUGUACAUUUAUGUUAGCCGGUCAAGAUUCUGUGGGAGCAGCAGUAGCCUUUACAAUUUUCCUCUUGGCACAAAACGAAGAAUGCCAAGAGAAAUGUGCUGAUGAGUUAGAGCGCAUAUUUGGUAAUGAUCAACGGGCACCUAGUAUGCAAGAUUUACGUGAUAUGCGUUAUAUGGAAAUGUGCAUUAAGGAGUCGUUACGUUUAUAUCCUAGUGUUCCUUUAAUAGCACGUAAAUUGGGUGAAGAUGUACGUUUGGCCAAAUACACUUUGCCAGCGGGUAGUAAUGUUUUUAUAUGUCCCUAUGCCACUCAUCGUUUGGAGCAUAUCUAUCCCGAACCGGAAAAGUUUGAUCCUGAACGUUUCUCCCCCGAGAACUCGGAAAAACGACAUCCUUAUGCCUUUUUGCCUUUCAGUGCUGGACCUCGCUAUUGCAUUGGUAAUCGUUUUGCUAUAAUGGAAAUGAAAACUGUUAUCUCUAGAUUAUUGCGCAGUUAUUAUAUAUUACCAGUGCCGGGAAAAACAAAUUUUGAAGCCACAUUUCGUAUAACUUUAAGAGCUUCAGGAGGAUUGUGGGUACGUUUAAAGCCCAAAGAACAUAAAAUGACAAAUUUUAGUAGUUAAAUCUGCAAAAAAAGUAAAAAAAAGGACUCCAAACAAUCUUUUAUAGUUUUAUAUAAUAGAUGUAAAUUAGUUUUAAGCAUAAAGUAAUAAAUAAGUAUUAUAAGUGAUGAAAAAAUGAGGAAUUUAAAAAUUUUAAAAAAAUAUAUUUUAAAAAUUUGUAGUUAAUAAAAAAUAUAUAAAUUAACUCGUGCAGAACGUAGUAGUUUGCCCAGCACUUGCCGUUUAACACUAACUGACUUUCACACUUACACAAAAAAACAACAUGGUCCAACUCUGGUCAAAUCUACUGAAUAUUAUGCUAACAUCUAGCAGACAUUUAAACUCUCUAGUAAACUAUUAAUUAACACCUUAUAGCUCAAAAAAUAUAUAUGUAUACAAGUUAAAAAAGUUUAAUUUUAAAGAUAAACUCUUCAUAUUAAAUUUAAAUUUCUUUUCUCCAGGUUUAAGGUUAAUAAAAGAAAACACCCC